UUUCACAGUGACGUGCUUCGAUCGUACGAACAUAAUACAACAGAAAUAAUAUCAUUUCCGAGUCAGAUUUUUUUCACAAACGAUAAAUUACCAAAAAUAUUUACAAUGGUACUUGCGGAAUUAAUCGGGGUUUUUAUUUUUGCCUUGAGCCUCUUGUAUGUUUAUUAUAAAUUUGUGAUAUUUAAUUUCUGGCACAAGAGAGGUGUUUUUUAUGUUAAACCCGUUGUACCCAUCGGAAAUUUAACAGAGCUUGUAACUGGAAAGAUAUCACUAGGCGAAUUUUUCCAAAAUGCUUAUAUGAAAUAUAAAGAUCAUCGCGCUUUUGGAAUGUAUACGUUUUUUAGACCAAAUUUGGUAAUUACCGAUCCCGAUCUUAUUCGAACGGUAUUGACAAAGGAAUUCGGGAGUUUCCAUGAUCGUGGAAUGUACUUCAACGAGAAAGUUGACCCAUUGUCCGGCCAUUUGUUUCUUAUGCCUGGAAAAAAAUGGCGAAAUUUACGCGUCAAAUUGACACCAACUUUUACUUCAGGAAAAAUAAAACAGAUGUUUCCGAUUAUGAAAGAAUAUAGCGAAAAACUUGCAAAGUAUUUAAAAGAAAAAGCACAAAUGAAAGAUCCCAUUGAAAUGAAAGAGAUGCUUGCAAGAUAUACAACAGACGUGAUCAUGUCAACAGCUUUUGGUAUCGAAUCUGAUUGCAUUGAGAAUCCCAAUAAUCAAUAUCGAAGCUAUCAAAAAAAGAUUUUAGAGAUAAAUCCAAUUUGGAUUGCCUUAUCUGCAUUUACGCCGAAAAUUAUGGAUUUUUUUUCCAUCCCUUUUACGGAUCGAACCGUCAUCAGCUUCUAUAUGAAUAUGUUUCAAGAGACAGUAGAAUAUAGGCAAUCUCAUAAUAUCGUUAGAUAUGACUUCGUGAAUCUGCUUUUACAACUAAUGAAGAAGGAUUAUGUUGAUCCUGAUGAAAACAAGAAGAUUACCAACCACGUAUCAUCAACUGUGAAUAAACUUACCAUGACAGAAGCGACUGCGCAAAGUUACGUUUUCUUCAUAGCUGGCUUCGAAACCUCCUCAACAACGGGGUCGUAUGCUCUAUAUGAAUUAGCUCAACAUCAAGAUAUUCAAGAUAAAGUUCGCAAGGAAAUCGAUGAAAUAUUGGAAAAACAUGGUGAAUUGACUUAUGACGCUGUGAAUGAAAUGACAUAUCUCCAUAAAGUAGUAAAUGAGACUAUGAGAAAAUAUCCACCUAUUCCUAUCUUAAAUCGCAUUUGUACUAAAGAAAUAACAUUACCGACAACAAAUAUUCAUGUGCCAGAAGGAACAUUAAUAACUAUACCAGUAUUAGGCUUACAUCGAGAUCCGUCGUUAUUCCCGAAUCCAGAUAAAUUUGAUCCUGAACGAUUCAACGCAGAUAAAAUAGAAGAAAGGCAUGCCUAUACUUAUUUGCCAUUCGGAGAAGGUCCACGAAACUGUAUCGGUUCACGAUUUGGCUAUACGCAAACAAAGAUUGGACUUGUGAGUCUUUUGUCGAGAUAUAUAUUUAAGCUUCACUCCCAGACUCCGAUCCCACUUACCUUCAGCAAAAAUAGUUUUAUUCUCACAGCGAAAAAUGGUAUGCACUUUAUUAUUGAACCACGAAAAUAAUUGCGAUAUCAGAUAUCAAGAAUAAAAAUAUUACAGGAUAAAUAUAUUUUAUGUAUCAAUUUUUUUAUUUUUAUUUAUCUUGUUUCUAUAAACUAUAUAUUAUUAUGUACUAUUAUAUUAUGUUUUAUUAUAUGAUAAUAUGAUAAUAUGAAUAUGAUAAUAUAAUAAUAUAAAUUACUUAGUGCUCAUGUGAAAUAUUCGAACAAAUAAAUAUUGUAGUCAGCAUAAUUAUUUGAAUUUUUGCGGAAAUUUUGGAUGAAUUAAACAAUAAACAUUUAAAUGAA